AUGCAUGUAGAAGCAUUUCAUCAAAAUUACCCGGAGGCCGCUGAUGGUCAUCUUGAAAGGAUUAAAAAGGACGAGUCAGGAGGAUGUGCUACUUUUGUUGUUACAAUUCAGUUUAAUCGACCCGGUAGCUUGGUGGCUGUCGGAUGCAACGAUGGCCGUAUUGAAAUCUGGGAUUUCGUCACUCGUCGAAUUGCAAAAAUCAUUGUGGCCCAUUCGCAUCCAGUUUGCUCGAUAAGCUGGAGUCGGAACAGCCGUCAAUUGUUGAGCGCCUCCACUGACAACACCGUCUCCAUUUGGAAUAUCGUGACGGGAGACUGUGAGCGUAUUUUCACGUUUCCUUGUCCUGUCAUGAAGGUGCAAUUUAACCCACGAAAUCCCGCCGAAAUUCUUGUCUGCCCACUUCGGCAUCCGCCUGUUCUGACUGACGUUAUCACCGGAAAACCCAUCAUUCUCAAGCAGGAGGAAGAGAAUGAUCCUAGUGUUGUCGCCUCUUACGAUCGCCGCGGGACGCAUAUUUAUACAGGAAACUCGAGGGGCAAAGUCUGUAUCUACGACACUAAGACAUUGAAAGUAGUGAACCAGUUCCGUUCGAUCUCUACGGCUACUAAUGCAGCCAUAAAGUCAAUUGAAUUUGCACGACGUGGGGAGAGUCACUGGCGCAAGUGCUGCUUCUCCGGAGAUGGGGAAUUUGUCUGUGCGGGCUCAAUGAAACAGCACUCCAUCUACAUUUGGGAGCGGGCUAGCGGUACCCUUUUCAAGAUUCUUCAUGGUCAGAAAGGUGAGACAUUGCUGGACGUGGUCUGGCAUCCCCUGCGUCCGAUCAUCAUCUCUGUCUCCAACUCCAUCACCAAGGAGCAGAUCUCGAUUUGGGCACAGACGCAAGUGGUUGAGUUUACCACUACUCGAGAUUCUGCUCGUAUUUUACACCGAUUUCCUUCUUGA